CAGAGCCCCUCCGAGAGCACCCCGCUGGUGCCCAGCGACAGCCAGGGUGACUCUAAAGCGUGUGAGGCCGACAUGCCCAGCAUCAACCACCUCCCUGCGUCGAUCCUGCUAAACGUUUUUUCUCAUCUCUCCGUGAGGGAACGCUGUCUCUCUGCAUCUCUAGUUUGCAAGUAUUGGUAUGAUCUGUGUUUAGAUUUUCAGUUCUGGAAACAGAUAGACCUCAGUGGCUUGCAACAGGUCAAAGAUGACCUUUUGAUAAAGAUUGCAUCAAGGAGGCAGAAUGUGACUGAAAUUAAUAUCUCUGAUUGCCGGAAUGUUUUAGACUAUGGGAUUUGCUCUCUGGCCUCGCAGUGCACAGGUCUUCUGAAGUACACAGCCUAUCGAUGUAAGCAGCUGAGUGACCUGUCCCUCAUCACUAUUGCAGCACACUGCCCACUCCUUCAGAAAGUGCAUGUGGGCAACCAGGAUAAACUCACAGACGAGGCUCUCAAAAAGCUGGGGGAGCGCUGUUCAGAGCUGAGGGAUGUUCACUUUGGACAGUGCUACAACUUGACUGAUGAAGGCAUGAUAGCAUUGGCAAAGGGCUGCCCAAAGCUGCAGAGAAUCUACAUGCAAGAAAACAAACUGGUGACAGAUAAAUCAGUAAAAGCAUUUGCUGAGCACUGUCCGGAGCUGCAAUUUGUCGGGUUUAUGGGCUGCUCGGUUACAUCCCAAGGGGUCAUUCACCUUACCAGACUUAAGAAUUUGAGCAGCCUGGAUUUGCGUCACAUCUCGGAGUUGAAUAACGAAACCGUCAUUGAAGUGGUGAGGAAAUGCACGAGUUUGAGUUCACUUAACCUCUGCCUGAACUGGAGCAUCAAUGACAGAUGUGUGGAAAUCAUAGCCAAGGAAGGUCGAAGUCUCAAAGAAAUUUAUUUGGUAUCGUGCAAAAUCACAGACUAUGCUUUGAUAGCUAUUGGCCAGUACAGCACCACCAUUGAAACGGUGGAUGCAGGAUGGUGUAAAGAAAUCACAGAUCAAGGAGCCACCCAGAUUGCUAAAACAAGCAAAUCCCUGAGGUAUUUGGGACUGAUGCGGUGUGAUAAGGUGAAUGAAGAGACUGUGGAGCAGUUGGUCCAGCAGUAUCCACACAUAACAUUCAGCACUGUGAUGCAGGAUUGCAAGAGAACCUUGGAGAGAGCCUAUCAAAUGGGCUGGAUUCCCAACAGAUCCUCUUUGUCAUAACCUCUGACAAAUUGGUCAUUCAUCUCGCACACUUGCUCAGAGUCAGUCUGAAGUCAUUACUAAUACAGUAUCUUCACAGAACUCUUAAUAGUUAGGAAUUGGUUUGUCUUUUUUUGUUUGAUUUAAUGGUUGGAUUUUGGAUCUUUUUAUACACACUAGUAAAGCUUCAAAGCAAAAGUGAUCAUACUUUGUGAAUCUGACAAUACAAUUAAGUAUAAGAAGCUAGAGGAAAAAAUAGUGGAAGACUUUUUUGAAGCAAUGCUGAAAUUGUAUUCAAGCGUUUCUAUUUGUACUUUUUAUGUGUGCAACCUUAUAAAGUUGCAGUGCUUUAAAAUACAACAUUAAAGCUCACAUCUGAAAUAACUCAUCUGCCAAUCUCUACCACAGGUUCACCUGAUUUUGUAUUUUAAGUUAAAAUAUAGACAUACUUCUUUGAGCAAACGAGAAAAGAUUAUUCCUUUUGUUGUAAAGGAAGAUGGGUUAUUAAAAGAGUUUUUGAUCAUUUUUAUCCUGGAUCUUUUAUGCGGUAGAAAAUGAUCAAUAAAAAAGUUAAAUAGCCCUAAUUGUGUGUAGUGAAAAUAUUUGUUUGGACAUAUAUACAGUAUUAUUUGUAUACCAUUACAUUUUUUAAUUGUUUAGUAAAAAACAAAAGAAAACUAUAUGCUACUUAUUAAAGCACACCUUGUAAGUAUGUGGGAUUUUGUGUCAUUUUAAAGUCAAUCCUGUAUUCUCUCACUAGUCAGUAAUCUUAUCACCACGUGAUUAUGCAAGUAAGGCAGGGUAUUGUUUGUGUGAAAUAGCAAAGUCUUGGACAAUCGUAUCUGAUUAACCUAAUCAGUUACUAAAGAAGGUUGUUUCAAUGCAGUAAUUAUAUAAUCUUAAAGUACUUAAACAGUUUUAAAGAACACACAUCUUACCAUGUUUAUAAUGGAAUGUAGAAUAUAUAAACAAACAUUUUUCAUUUUUAACUUCUUGCUUUUCUUCCUUGUUGAACAUCUUCAUAAACGACCUUUAUGUGACAAAGCAAAUAUGAAAGACCGGUUUUUAUUAGAAGUUUUAUUAGAAUUAUAUCAUUGUCUUUUUUAUUAGGUGUAAGGCCAUUGUAUAACUAUAGAAGUUCAGAUGGGAAGCUUCACCAGCACACAAGCUGAAAAGGCACAAAUAGAACUGAAUUCUAUGCUGAUUCACUCAGAAAGGAAGACGACAAAACACUGUAGCGGUGGAGUUUCCUUCGGGUGUAACGUCUUUGUACUACUCAGCGUGGAAAUAACCUCUACUUGUUCCUUUUUAUAACAAACGUUGAAGUAGAUGCUAGUUAUAAAAAGGGUAUAUAUAUAUCCACUUUAUAUGUAAUUUCACAUUUAACAUUUCUAACACUUAAUUUUAAAAGAAGAGUGUGCUUCAGUUCGGUUCCACAGAAGUGUGUAGGAUUACAUUUUUGUAGCUUCUCUGUAUAACAAAGGUAAAAGAGAGCCCCUUUCUCUGUCAUGAGAAAGUUCAAUUUUUUAUAAAUCUUUUUGUCAUUUUGAAGAAGGCGGUGUUCUUUUCCUUCAUACCAUUGAUUUUAAAUGCAAAUGCUCAGGCGUACAAAAUAGUUUUCUAUUUUUAAGACCCAUAGAAAUUCUAUAGGUGUCCAAAAAGGGCUAUAGGUGAACUAAUUACCCUUUAAAGUACUGUAUGUCAUGGAGAUAUCCAAAUUGUCAGCAAUAUAUACGGUACUUCCAGGAGCGUUCAUGUGUUCCAUUGACUUUCAAUCACUUACCCUGAAGACAGUAUAUGUCAACGCCUGGACAAUUUGAUUUUAUUACCUAAAAUGAAAAAAAAGGAUAAUGCUAUUUUUGUUAAGUUUGUUUGAUUGUGAUUGUUCUUCUGUUUCAGUAAUAAAAAAAUUAAAAAAAACAUGGCUGU